AUGGCUUUGUCAAGGUCGCAGCCGUCGUGGCUGUCGACGUUCUUCUCCAUAGCCACUCUCCUGAUGCUCUCUGCUCCUGUUCACUCCCUAUACUUCUACGUCCAUGGACGACAGCCCAAGUGCUUCUACGAGGAAUUGCCCAAGGACACUUUGGUAGUCGUCUACAACCCUCAUCUCAACGCCUAUGCCCCUGACAGCAGUAUAACCAUCACUAUCACUGUCGAUGAAGUCUUCGAUAACGACCACCGGGUCGUGUCUCAGAAGGGAGCUGAUAAGGGACGGUACACCUUUUCCACCGCUGAUGCGGGACAGCACAAGCUAUGCUUCACCGCAGACUCGCAUGCCAAUAGCGGAUGGCUUUCUGGAGCUUCUGGCCCGGUGAAGUUAACCCUUGACAUGGCUAUCGGCGAGUCCAACCACUUGGAGUCUGAAGACAAGAGCAAACUUGACGAUCUGGUUGAGAGAGUUAGGAACUUGAACGGAAGACUCCAAGACAUCCGCCGCGAGCAGGUCUUCCAGCGUGUAAGUCCAUACGAACGAGACAGAAGUAGAAAAUCAGAGGACAUCUUGACUGACAUGUAUCUUCUUCGAUGUCAACAGGAACGAGAAGCCCAAUUCAGAGACCAGUCUGAAGCUACCAACUCUCGCGUCGUUCGAUGGGCUCUGAUUCAAACCGCCGUCCUCGGUGUAACGUGUGUCUGGCAAUUCUCUCAUCUACGAAGCUUCUUCAUUAAGCAGAAGCUUACUUAA